GGUGAGAGUUGUAGUGCGCUCUCUCGACGUUAUAGUUGCUUACAAGUGCUGGUUAAAUCGACGACUAUACUCACGUGGUAAAAAUCUGACAUUCUCCUUAUCAAUUAAAACAUUACUGCAUCACUUUUGUAUGUUUGCUCAUGUGAAUGUCGUUUUACUGUAAAUAUUGAACCACACAGGUUCUGGCAGUUACAAACCAAGCAAAAGUCUCGAAAUGUGGCGUACCGAAAAUAUCAGACCCAGUGAACUCGUGCAUGUGUUGAAUAAUUUGGUAAGGUUUUGGUGAGUGGCCCUUUCAUUUGAUGUUUGGUGACACUUCUUACUAUAUUUAAACCAGAGAUUUAAUUUCGGAUGCCUCUUUGUGGGACAAGAGAGUUCAUUUCGAUGUGAGAAAUAGUUUUCAAUCUUACAAAUACUCGGUUACUCAUUAACAUGAGAAGCAUGUUUCGAUACCUACCAGAUUUAUUUGGUUUCAGUAGUUGGUGUAUCUCAAUUAUCUAACUAUUUACAAUCCGCUGUCGCUUUAGGUCUGCAAGAAAGUCACAAUUACUGCGUUUAUGGGCAUGAAAAGAAAAAAGUCUUCGACCGGAUCCGAAAUACGUUAAUCACAAAAAAGGAAGUUCACUGACGUCUAUAAGACUAAUUUAUAUUCGAUAAUGAAUAACAUAUUUUUCUGAUAAGAUCAUGUUAUGUUAAAUUUACCGACGAUAACAAUCUUGGUGGUUAUCUAGAAUCUUGUUUCGUUUAUAUAUAAAAGAAUAUCUGGAAAAAUCAGUGGGGAGUUCCCGGGGUCGCGCAUAUUCUAAAGAGAAAUAAAGACAUGGACUGAGGUAAUACUAGCAUUCAACGAGCUAUAAUAUUCACACAUUAUUCAUUCAAUUUUAAAUGUAACAACGUAAUCAUAGUUGUUGUUUAGCUUUCAGUUUUAGGAUUUUUUUUUAGAAAUACGGACAUGGCUUCCCGCCUUUUAGGCCAAGGGUUGAAAAUCUUUCAUCCGAGGCUAUGUGCACCUAUCCGCGUUCAUUCCAAAGCAUUUAGUGUGAGUUGCUUACGGGAUGCAGCAAAUAUCGAAGUCAUGCCUCGGAUCAGCCUCAUGGACGUGCCCACUUCAAUCAGAGUCACUGACUUGACGCCGUUCUCCCUCGUCACCCUCCAAAUGCGGGUCGAAGACGCCAAGGGUAUCAAGUUCACCUCACACGCGCAUUACGCGUGCAACGAGCGAGGUGCCGUCGACGUAAGCUCGUCUCCCUCCCUAGGCGGGUCGUACAGAGGAAUCUUCCCUGAAGGCCUCAUCUCUACCCUCGAUCACGGACCAGAAUACCUGUUCAAGCGUCCUAGUGUGAAAACUGACCAGCCAUGGAAAAUUGUCAUCGGAGCGUACGAAGGACAUCUGAGAAGCGAGAACUGCACGAGGCCUCUUUGUGAAGUUGAUAUGGAGCGGCACUUCAGAGGACCUGGCGUGAAGCGCCUAGUGCUUGAAGGACAACUCGGAGGAGCGCUCUACCUGCCUGCCGGUCCAGGUCCUCAUCCCGCAGUUGUUGACAUGUUCGGGGGCUCCAUUCUCUUGGCCGAACAUCGUUCGUCACUGCUCGCCUCGCGCGGAAUCGCAUCAUUGACUCUUUCCCACAUGAGUCUCAGUGGCGGAAUGAGUCUCAGCUUCGAUUUCGAGCACUUGGAACACGCCGUGAAUUUUCUGCUGUCCCAACCAAACGUUAUUCCUGAUAGGUGCGGGGUCGUUGCGAACUGCAUGGCUGGUGCUUAUGGAUGCCUUAUGGGAAUUCACAUUGAUCGAGUGAAGGCUGUGUAUUUACUGAACGCACCAGCCGUUGCAAACUUCAUCAAUAUUCAGAAGAAUGGGGAAUUGUUAGUGAGUGGUUUUGCAAUAGGAUCUCAACAUUUAGUUUAUGAUGAAAAUUUCGUUGCGGAGGCCCAUCCCGAGUGCAUAAGGCAGGCGUUCUACAGUGAUCAACGAUCAUGGAUACCUAUCGAACUCACGCCAAGAGACACGUACUACAGUAUCAACGCCGGCGCUGACGACAGCUUAGUGGCCGUAAUUUCACAAAACAUUUUAAAAUCCCGGCUUGACAAAGUUGGCAAUGAAAAUUAUGUAACUAAGGUUUACGAGGGCUCCGGGCAUAUAAUAGAGCCACCGUAUUUUCCGUUUUUACGAGUGCUCUUCCAAACACCGUGGCCUAACUGCGAUGAGAAUCACAAAGGUCCUGAACCGAACAAACUGUACCUCAGGUGUGGUGGCAACCCUCGAGACAAUGCUAUCAAUCAAGAAAAGGCUUGGCAAGACAUGAGGAACUUUCUUACUAGACAUGUGCGUGAUAACAGCCCGUGGUAUCAGAACUACAUUAGAGACAACUCAUGUACCAACUGAAAUUCCUAUCAAACGCUGGACUGAAGUACAGUUUUAGAUGUGGUCCAUUACUUAAACUGGACUAGAUAAAUAAUGUUUAUAAAACAGCUCAGGUUGAUAAUCGUGCCUGAGAAGUCCUCAAUAUUUGCAGAAGUUGUAAGAAAUAUUUUGGAAGCUAUGCUAAUUUUCAGGCUUCAUAGAGUUUGAAAAACUUCUUCACAACUUUCUAACUGAGGCUUUGAGUUGCAUCUAUGUACCUCCGAGAAGAGCCUAACUAUACCCAAACGCAAGGGUAGCCCGGACGACCGAACUCAUUCUCGGAUUGUGGUUAUGGUUCAUUCGAGAAUUGGUGUCGCUUUUACGUACCUGCUACUACGUUAAUGAUGUUACUUCAACCAUAUUCUACCUCAUAAAUGAUAAAUUUACUUUUGAA